UCCCACGUCCGUUACAAAUAAACGUGCUAAACUUUCAAACGAAACUGAAGUAGAUCAUGAAUAUGUGAUGGAAGCUUUAAGGCAGAAAGUUCAAAGAAAUCAAGAAAAUCCCGCAAAAAAAUUUAUGACUGUCUUAAAGCCUAGGAGUUCUACACCAGUACCAUCACCGGUGGAUUCAUCUCCUUUGGUUCAUUCACCGAUUCCUCCUCAAUUACCGCCUAUGAAUGUUCAUUCUCCUAGCAUGAAUCAAGAACAAGUCGCAAAAAC